GCAGAUCAAUAGGCGAGCGUCCUGCCUCUCCCAAUCUCCAGCCCACCACUGAGGCACUCGCACACCACUCGUUGAACCGACGGCGACGCGGACGCUCCUGUAUCGUAUCCCAGAGUUUCACUGCGAACGUUCGAAAUGGAGAACAAACACUGGUGGUGGUUCGCUGCUGGGCUGAUUCUGCUGUCUUUGGCACUCGUGUCCGCCGACGGCGAAGUGUCGGAAGAAGGCGACCACGAAGUUCUUGUACGGACUGAGAGGGGUGCUAAAAAUAGAGCUUGCCGCUAUGUGAGGGGUGCUUGGUCAGAAUGUGAUUCCAAAACUAACAUCCGCUCUAGGAUGUUGACUCUGAAGAAAGGUGAUCCGGACAAUUGCGAGCGCACUAAGACUAUACAAAAGAAGUGCAAAAAAGCUUGUCGUUACGAGAAGUCGUCCUGGAGCGAGUGCAGCCCUAACGGCGAGAUGUCUAGGACUGACAUGCUGAAGGCUAAUAGUGACCCCACCUGUGAUCAAAGCAGGCGUAUAACUAAGAAAUGUAACAAGAACAAACAAGUAAAGUCUACUAAAGACAAGGGUCAGUAUGAGAAGUUGGGUAAAGGUCAUCAUUGGUAAUCGGGUCGCCGAAAUCGCCAGUAAGAAAUUAUCUACUAUAAUUCAGUUUAGAUUUACACUGAUUAUAAGGAUGUUUGUUGGUUCUAAUUUAUGUAAUAGUGCCAAAAUAGUGUGAAAACAAUUGUUUUAAUAACAAUUGUCAUUUUCAAUUUUAUUCUUAAGCCGUUUCGAGCUACAAUAUAAGUGUAAUUUAUCUCAUAACAAUGAAUUAUCUAAUAUACGAGUUAAGUAGUACAUAUUCAUUUUAUUGUCACUGAUAAAUCAGGUCUUUAAUAUUUAAUUAAAUAAAUAAGUACUUAAGUAA